ACAAACUCUUGAAAGCUCAAGCUCCAAAACCCUCUCCCUCUCUACCUUCUCAAACAGAAGAGGAAAAGAAAAAAUGAUCCUUUCGAAAGUCAGCAAGCACCACUGCCUUUUACAGUUCAGAAUCCACAUAAAUCCUCAAGAAACAAACCUUCCGAAAAUCCCUUUUGGUCCUUUCAAUUUAUUCAUCCAAAGAAGAUGGAAAAAGCCAGCAAACACAGCACAAACUCGGUUAGAAUCAAGAACCAUAGAUUCCAAACUCAACAGACUAACAACCUACCUCAAGAAACUCAAAACCAUCCUCAAAAUCUACGAACUCAUGUCAAAUCGAAAGAGGGGUCCUUUUGUAUCCCUGCAGUUGAUGUCCAGAUGGACAAAUAUAGUGGGGCUGAAUGUAGGUAUGGGUGAGUUUGUGCAUAAGCACCCCCAUGUGUUUGAUGUAUUUACACACCCGGUUAGGAGGAAUUUGUGUUGUAGGAUUAGUGGGAAAUUCAAGGGUUUGGUGAGUGAAGAAGAGGGUCUUGUGAAAGAUUGUGAAUUGGAGUGUGCGAAGAGAGUUAAAAGGUUGUUAAUGAUGUCUAAAAACGGGAGACUUCAUGUUCAUGCUUUGAGGUUGAUUAGGAGAGAAUUGGGGUUGCCUGAGGAUUUUAGGGAGUCAGUUUUAGGGAAGUAUAAGGAAGAUUUUAGGCUGGUUGAUUUGGAGAUUGUUGAAUUGGUUGAUAAAGAUGAGAACUUCGGGGUGGCUGAAGUUGAGAAAUGGAGAGAGAAAGAGUAUAGAGAGAAGUGGUUGAGUGAGUUUGAGACGAAGUUUGCAUUUCCUAUCAAUUUCCCUACGGGGUUUAAGAUUGAAAGGGGGUUUAGAGAGAAGUUGAAGAAUUGGCAAAUGCUUCCUUAUUUGAAGCCUUAUGAGGGAAAUGAGGUUGUUCAGGUGGGCGCUUGUGGUGGGAAGAAUAGAUAUGAGAAACGGGCGGUAGCGAUGAUUCAUGAGUUGUUGAGUUUGACAGUGGAGAAGAUGGUUGAGGUUGAGAGAUUGGCUCAUUUUAAAAAGGAUUUUGGUAUGGAAGUGAAUGUGCGCGAGUUGUUAUUGAAAAAUCCUGGGAUUUUCUAUAUAUCAACUAAGGGAAGCACUCAUACUGUUAUUCUUAGGGAAGCAUAUAGUAAAGGUUGUUUGAUUGAGCCAAAUCCGAUUUAUGUUGUUAGGAGGAAGAUGUUGGAUCUUGUAUUGCUGGGUUGUAGAAACACAAGAGAGUUGCAAGCUGAGGAAGAAAUUAAGAACGGGAGUGACAGUCUCAUUAGGAAAGCAUUUGCUGGAAAUACAACAGUUGGAGAGUGGGUUGUCCCAAUUUUAGAGAGUUUUGACAAUGUGAAUGACCAUGAUGAUCCAGGUGAAAUCAUUGAUGCAUCAGAGGAGUUUGAUGGAUGCUAGGAAAAUUGAAGCGGUGAAAAUGACGAACGAGCUAGGGGAUGAUACAAAAUAAGCAUAUGGUGACUUUACAUUCAUUAUCCAAGAUGUAAUUCCGUGGACUGUUUGAACACCAACAAGGGGAAAGGAGUAGUAUCGUGUAGCAUUCAGUAGCAUUCCAGAAGGUCGAAGGGACAGAAUGUUCACCUUAAGUUGCAUCAGUCUUAUGAGAUAUGCAGCAGUUUGAAAAUGCAGGUACUCUGAUCGAAAAUGAUGACUGAAGACAAAUAACUAGUGUUAUAUAGGAUGCAUAGGUUUCUUCUCAGACAUGCUAAGGGUCCCGGGAACUAACUGCGAGGAUGAAAUGUGAUUGGUUGCUUUAAAGAUGAUCAGGCUGGAAUUAUGGACAAGCAUUCAAGGGGUCAGGGGAUUGAUGGCCUUGGCUGAACUUGAAUAAGCAUGGCUGUCUCCAAAGUCUAAACACAGAAGUGGUGCUGAGAGUGAUUUUGCUUAUUGAUGCGUGAAGUCUUAUUGUACCAUGGACAAGACUGGCACCGGAUGGGGUUGCUUGAGACUAGAAAUGAGACGAGGAAUUUUUGUUUCGUGUUUUAAAAGUUAAAAAAAUAUAUAUAAUUUUUAAAUUAAUAUUUUUUUAUAUAUUUUCAAAUUAUUUUAAUAUAUUGAUAUUAAAAAUAUUUUUUAAAAAAUAAAAAAAAUAUUAUUUUUGUACAUUUUCAAUUCAAAAAUAUUUUAAAAUCACCCUUUUAAAAUUGCAAUUGCGUCGUAAGCUUUUUUUUUGUUUCCUUUUAUCCCCACCUUUUCUGUAACAUAGGUCAUUUUUGUAAACCUUCUUGGCAUCAAUUUAAUACUUUCUUCUAUUUUUCGUGAGGGACGGAAGUAGUUUGGUGUAGCAUUACUCUUUAUCAGAUACGCAGCAAUAUGACAAUGGUUGGUCAAUCUGAAGAAUUGAAGAUAUAAAGUCCAGGUGCUGGGGUCAAUAAUGAUGGUGAAGAGAGAAUUGCAGCACAAUAAUACAUACGCUUCUUCUCCAAUCUCUGUCAUUGUCGUGCCAGGUAGUGUGUAGUGUUUAAUUAUUGUCAGGAGACAAUUGGAACAUAGGGAAGGUGGAGAUUAGCUUUGUUUAGUAGUGGUGUACAAGAACUUGAUUCUAAUUGAUGGAAUAACCUCUUAUGCUUUUUUU